AUGGAGCGUGUGUUGGAAAAGCUUGACGGCGUGGAGAAGGCUCUCCACCGUUCGAAUGCUGCAUCGUCGUCGCGGUCCAUUCCGCCCUCUGGUCGCGUCGCUCCUCUUGCUGCUCUUCUGCCGCACAACCCCGUUGGUUCCCCGGCGCGCUCAGAUCGGCCGCUGCCUGCGGGAGGUGGAUUUGUUGGUGCUGCUGGCGGGGAUCCGUGGGCCCCGUACGCUCCGCCACAUCCUCUCCCUGCUCCUCGCGAUCUAGCCGUGUCUUCCCGCCGAGCUCGGUCGUCCGCCCUUCCUCCGCCGAUGAAGGAAGUGCCCACGGCGACCCUAGCACGCCUGUGGUCGCUGGCGGAGUGCCUGCAGAGUCUUGGGUUGAUCCUUCUGGAGUCCCAUGACUCCAUGCUCCUUGUGGAGUCCCUUGACUCCAUGUCGGUGGGCGAGUUCUACGAGACGGUGGGCUUUGACGCGUGUCUGCUGGUGGAGCAUGCAGGGCUCAACCCCAUGGGUGGCGCCCGCCCCAACACCGUGCCCAAAGCCGGCUGCCCCACCAUCAACCUAAUGCAGACACUGGACGCCCUAACGGGCCACGGGCUGUCGGUGGCCAUAGUGGAGGAGGCUCAGGACACCUCGCCUGUGGGGGGCCGUACCGGCGCUGCUAGCAAGAAGGGAAAGCCACGCUUCUUGGGAGGCCACGCGCACCCCGGCAGCCCGUACGUGUACGGCUUGGCGCGCAGCAACAUGGAGAUCGAAUUCCCCGAGCCAAUUCCAAUCUUGGGCAUAGAGCGCCCGAGUGCGAGUGGGUACACGGUGGUGAGCGCGUGGGAGAUGACGCAGACCUUCUGUGUCGAACCACUUCUCACCGAGGAGGCUGCUGUGGCCAAGCUCAGGGCCAGUGGCUGCCACCGCUGCUUCGUGCACUCCUCCGUUACUGAUGCAGGGGGGUGGCGGGAGCAUGGGGCGGGGGGAAUGCUGUUCUCAGAGUGUGUGGCCAAGGGCUAUGACAAGUACGAGGGCGACCACGUCAAAAGCCUGCUCAAUAAGGUGCGAGACCUGUACGACCUGGGCGCAGUCUCCUUCCAGCAGCUGCAGCUGCCACCCCCCGACUCCCGGCCUCGGCCGCUCUACGUUUCCACCGCCUCCCAAAUAGGCAUUUUACCAACGCGGGGAGUUCCGAGUCUGCCGCACCGUCUGCUCCCGGAUAAUGCAGCGGGCCUCCCUGUGUGCCUUGCAUACCUGCGCUCGCUGCUGCUCAGCCCGCCGCCUCCUCACGUCGCCACCAGCAUCCAAGAUGCGUGCCGCCGAAUGUUUCAUCUGCCCGUGCUGCCCGAGUUCCUGUGUGUGCCGCCCUCGCGCCUGGUGAAGCUGAUCUCAGCCAAAGAAGCCACGUCCACUGAGCUGCUCCGAUCCCCCACCUCCCUGUCCCUCCCUCCCUCCCUUCCUCCCUCCCUCCCUCCCUCCCUCCCUCCCUCCCUCCCUCCCUCCCUCCCUCCCUCCCUCCCUCCCUCCCUCCCUCCCUCCCUCCCUCCCUCCCACCCACCCUCCCUCCCACCCUCCCUCCCUCCCUCCCUCCCUCCCUCCCUCCCUCCCUCCCUCCCUCCCACCCACCCUCCCUCCCACCCUCCCUCCCUCCCUCCCUCCCUCCCUCCCUCCCUCCCUCCCUCCCUCCCUCCCUCCCUCCCUCCCUCCCUCCCUCCCUCCCUCCCUCCCACCCACCCUCCCUCCCACCCUCCCUCCCUCCCUGCCUCCAUCUCUUUGUUGCGACCGCAGGCACGGGAGUGUGAGGCGAUAUGUGCGAUGGUGAGCAACGUGUUGCUGGAUGACACUGCCCGGCUCAUGGGGGCACCUGCACCUGCUGCUGGCCGAGUGGAGGGAGCGGAGGAUGAAGAGGAGCAGGAGGAGGAGGAGGAGGGGCUGAAUGGGGAUGAGAUGCAACCAGUGCGGCUGCAGCAGCAGCAGCAGCAGUUUGGAGUACGGGGGGCGAAGGGCGGUGCAGAGGGAUGGAAAGCAGAGGAGGAGUGGGGGGACGGAGGAGACAGGGGGUUGGCGAUUAGUGGGAGUGAGUUUGCAGCGAUGGAGGAUUUUUUUGAGGUGAUGGAGGCCCAAUGGAGGGGUCGAGUGCGGUACGAGCACAUACAGACGGAGUGCGAGAGGGUGGCCAGGGCUGCAGAGCGGUACAAUGAAGUGGUGAAGCAGGAUCUGAUGCCCUUUGUCAACCGCAGUCGCAGCCUCUCCCCACGCACCUCCAGCACAGCGGCCAAAAAAGUGGAGAUAGCAGCGUACCGAGACUACGGGGUGCUGCUCAAAGGGACCCGCGCCAAGGCAUUGGUGAGCGCGCAAGACCCCAGCGACCCCCUGCACGCGCUGGUGCAGAAGCUGGUGCCGGCGUCAGUGGAUAGCAAGGGCAAGAAGGUGGGUGACGGCUGGUACUCCACUCAUGACGUCGAUGAAGCGCUUUCCGAGUACAAGGACGCAGUGGCAGCAGCGCACUAUGCGGUGGUGGCAGCGCUACAGCUGCUCUCCCAGGAGCUGCAGCCGUACCUCAGCACCAUCGUGGCGGUUGCUAACUUUGGCAUCGUCGCGCGCACCCUUGAUGCACACGUCAGGUGCUGCUCUCAUCGUGGCUGGAUCUUCCCCACUCUUGCUCCACCACCACCAUCAACGCCAUCAAGCAACCAGCAGCAGCAGCAGCAGCAGCACACACAGCACCACUCCUUUUCCCACAGCAUCACCUCCGCAACUCCAUACACCACCAACCUCCCUCCCUCCUCCACCUCCCCUCCCGCCCCCAUCUCCCCAAACACCCUCCUCCUCGAAGGCCUCGUCCCCUACUGGCUAGACCACACGCCAGCCUCCCCUGCAGUCCCCAACACGCUCUCCCUCUCCUCUCUCGCGCUCCUCACGGGGCCGAACGGCGGGGGCAAGUCGUCGCUGCUGCGGUCGGUGUGUGCGGCGGCGCUGCUGGCGUCGUGUGGGUUGAUGGUGCCGUGCGUGGGGGGGUCGGCGCACGUGCCGCGGUUUGACGCCAUUGUGCUGCGCAUGAUGCCCGCUGAUAGCCCCUCCGAUGCCAAGAGCUCCUUCCAGAUGGAGAUGAUGGAGCUGCGCAGCAUAACGCAGGACGCCUCCCCGCGCUCUCUUGUGCUCCUGGACGAGCUCUGCAAGGGCACCGAGCCCGACAAGGGCGCCUGCCUCGUGGCCUCUGCCCUGGAGUUCCUGGACCAGUCACGGUGUGUGGGGGUGCUGUCAACCCACUUCCACCGCGUGCUAGACUUGCCUCUGCAGCUUGAUGGGGUGGUGCGGCUUGCUAUGGGAACGCGGAGGAGGGCAGGGGAUGGCGGGAUGGAGCCCACGUGGCAGGUCACUCAGGGCGAGUGCCGUGACAGCCUGGCGUUCGAGGUGGCAGUGAAAGAAGGCGUGCCGACAGCAGUGGUGGACCGCGCUGCUGUGCUGCUGGAGCACCUGCAGCAGCAGGAGGCUCAGCUGCGACACGCACAUGAUAUCCUGGCUCUACAGCAGCAGCAGCAGCAGAAGCAGCGAGAGGAGGAGAGAACAGGGAAAAGAUUGCUUAUGCCAUGGGAUGCAGCGCAAGCUAGUGUAGGUGGUGGCGGCAGUGGGAAUGGGGCAGCUGCGGCUGCUCCUUCUUCUGCGCUCAGUCACGGGGUUGGGGGUAGUGUUGGUAGUGGAAUGGAUGGGAUACGUGGUGACGGGGCAGGUGGGGGCCAGCACGAAGCAGCGUUGAAUGGUGGUGGAUGGACGAGCAUGGAAGAGAGUGGGGUCCUUUCGGGAGGUGAAAGUGACAUCGAAGGAACGUGGGGAGAGGAGGAGGAGGAAGAGGAAGACGAGGAGGAGUUGGAUGGUCGAAUUCUUCGACCAAAAGCAAGAAAGAGAGGAGGAGGCGUAUCAAGUGGCAUGAGGCCCACUGGUGCUGGCAGUGCUGGCAGUGGUGGCAUUGGUGGCAGUCGCACUGCCAGUAACGGUGCCAUGGGUGCCUGUGGUAGUGCCGGUGGUGGUGGAGGUGGUGUUGGUGCUCGUGCUGCUGUCGGUCCGUAUCUGGCUUUGAAAGAUGCGGUCUGGAUGUUUGAAGCUGUAACCGCAGAGGCGAUGACGAUGCUGGAUUGGAAUAGAGCGAGCAUGGAGCAAGCGACUCUGCAGCGCAUCGAAGGGGGUUCAAGGCAGGAGCAUGAGGUCACAGCAGAGAAAGAGGAGGGGGUGCAGCGCCCUGCUCAGGGCCCGAUGGGCCUGUUGAGAGCAGCAGAGGAGGCUGUGGGUGGUGUUGGUGUUGCGGGGGCGGUGGGGUUAGAGCGAGGUGCGGGGAGGGGUGGGGGAGAUGGGCUUUCGACCAUUUUCUCCUACGCAAACACCCACAUCAUUCCUGUCCCCAUGCUCCUUCCCAACCCUCCUUCCCAACCCUCCUUGCCCAUCCUCCUUCCCAACCCUCCUUGCUCACCCUCCUUCCCAACCCUCCUUCCCAAUCCUCCUUCCCAACCCUACUUCCCAACCCUCCUUCCAACCCUCCUUGCCCACCCUCCUUCCCAACCCUCCUUCCCAAUCCUCCUUCCCAAUCCUCCUUCCCAACCCUCCUUCCCCACCCUCCUUCCCAACCCUCCUUCCCAACCCUCCUUCCCCACCCUCCUUCCCAACCCUCCUUCCCAACCCUCCUUCCCCCAGACGGACCAGAUAUCAGUGCGCAUAAAGAAGCACCGGGAGAAGAGGCUGUUGCGCGAGGCACCAGUGGCCAUCAUCGCAGCGCCCAGCAAGAGCGCGGCGCGCUUGAUAGAGACGCAUGUGAUCGCGCGCCUCAGGGACUCGGGCGUGCCGCUGGUGAAUGAGGCGGACCAACACCACAAACACUUUGGCAGCGCCGGCGCCCCCGCCCGCCCCUCGUUUGCCCCGCCCUUCUGA